CACCCCGGCCAAUAGGUUGGGAUUUCGAUAGUAGUACAAACGAAAACGAUCAUCAUGAUGGCGAUGAGGGAAAUUCGAGUGGCAACGAUGAAGGAGGAGGAACAGAGGGAAGAAGAGGAGGACAACACAGAGACCAAGCCAGCAGUCGAGAAGGGAAUCAUGGCGUGGAAGAGAGCAAGAGCUUCGAGCCAGAGGACCUCCCACACAACAAAAGACGGAGAGACAAGAAGAAGAGCUGCCAAAAAGUUGCUGCCAAAAUGACGAUGAGAAUAGUGAUGGUAGUAGUGGUGAAAGCAAGAAGAAUGAUAGAGAGAGCACUCCUAAACGAAGUCGAGUGCAGGGUGACAGUCUUAGUCGACACGUGCAGUUUCCUUCUGUUAUUACUAGGGUACCUGUCUUUAAUCCUGAGAAUAGCGUAGCUCC